CCCGUUGCGUAUGCGUUUCAACGGCCGCGUUUCAAAGUAGAAUGGCGACGGCUGUCUGCGGUUUACAGUCCAGCGGUAAACCGGGCAAAACACACCGAGAAACCCGCAGGAAAACUAAGGAUUCCCGGCGGAGACAAGCGGCGCUGCUGUUCCUCAACAACAUCUCUCUCGACGGGCGGCCGCUGUGGCAGCUGGGCGAUGAACACACGGAUCAGACCGCGGCGGUGGAGGAGCAGAGAGACCGGGGAGACACGGAGGUUCCUCUGCCGCAGACAGAGAGCCAGGAGCCGGCCAACGCGGUGACACAACCCGCCCUCUCUGGAGGAGGCUCUUCCUCCAGUGUCCCGGGGGUCCUCGGUCCUCCUCCCCGGUCUUCUGUGGCGAUGUCCCCGGGUCCAGACGGUGCUAACGAGGUAUUCCUGGAGGGUGUAGUUGUGGGGGAUCCUCUGACCCCGGACCCCCCCCUGUCCCCCCCGCUGCCCCCCGGACACCAGCCCUGCUCCCGGGUCCGGUCCACGCCCGCCGCGCUGAGCCCUGCCCCGGCUCUGGACCCCCGGCAGAGGUUGAGGAACGUCUCUGGUUCUCCGGGACCCAAAGUGCCAAAGAAGGUCCACUUCAUCAAGAGCAUGAGACAGUACGACACCCGGGGCUGCAGGAUCGUGCUGAUCUGUGCCAAGCGGUCGCUUUACGCUGCUUUCUCAGUGCUGCCGUACGGAGAGAGUCACCUCAGUGAUGCUAAGCUGGAGGCUCAGAGGCAGAGGCUGUCGUCGGUCGUGGCUGUGGACCUGCUGCCCUCCCUGGAGGGGGUGGAGCUGGGAGACCUGGGGAAGACGGUGUCGUACGCCCAGUUUCUGUAUCCCACCAACGCCCUGGUGAGGCAGAAGAGCGGGGGGGCGCCGGAGAGCGCUCAAACCCCCCAGUCACGCUUCAGAGGCAACGGGCAGCGGACCUUCACCCCCGCCCGCCUGAACAACGGCGUCCCCCCAGAGCCCAGUGUGGAGGAGGUGGUGGAGUACGACCCCAACCUGCUCAGUGACCCCCAGUGGCCGUGUGGCCGACACAAGAGGGUCCUGAUCUUCGCUUCAUAUGUGACGACCAUCGUGGAGUACGUGAAGCCCUCCGACCUGAAGAGGAACAUGAACGAGAUGUUCAGAGAGAAGUUUCCCCACAUCAAGCUGACGCUCAGCAAGAUCCGAAGCCUCAAGAGGGAGAUGCGGGCGAUGAGCGACGACUGCGGCCUGCAGCCCGUCACCAUCGCCAUGUCCUUCGUCUACUUCGAGAAGCUGGUGUUGCAGGGCCACCUCAACAAGCAGAACCGGAAGCUGGUGGCGGCCGCAUGCGUCCUGCUGGCGGCCAAGAUCAGCAGCGACUUGCGGAAACCAGAGGUCAAACAGCUGAUCGACAAGCUGGAGGAGCGUUUCCGGAUCAACCGGCGGGAGCUGAUCCCCCUGGAGUUCCCCGUCCUCGUGGCUCUGGAGAUGGGCCUGUAUCUCCCCGAGAGCAAAGUCAUGCCCCACUACCGCAGACUGGUGCAGCAGCAGGGCUAGACCAGCAGCACCAGCACAGAGUGUGUGUGUGUUACUGUGUGUGUGUGUUAGGGGACCAGUUAAUAAGCUGUGGUGUUUGUAACAAUAACUCUGGUACUAUUUAUUUUCUGUCAAUGAAGGGUAGUUUACACUCGACUGUGUGUGUGUGUGUGUGUGUGUGCUCGUGGAGUCCUCGUGGCGUCCUGAUGUCUGCAGUCGUGCCCUCUACGUUGGAGCUGUGCAGCGAGCACGUUAUCCGUGCUUUUAUUUUGGUGAGCCUGUUUCUCGGUGUCCUUGUGUUCUCGAGGUACGGAGGCCCAGAGGGGGCAACACAAUGACCCGGUGAGCCUUCCUGCUCUCCUCUCUGCUACACACGGUAAUAUUUAUAAUGAACAACUGAGAACCAUACUGUGGAUUUUUGUAAAUGCCUUUUUGUUUUUUACUCACUGUGAAGUGUUUCAGCCUCUCAUUAGAGGAGCCGCCUUUAAUUUAUGCCUGAUAUUUGACUGUGUGCAACGGUCAUCCAGACACUUUCACACACUGAUCUGGGGGCAGCUGUGACUGUGACCCCCGCUGUGAGGAGGCAGCAGCCUGGAGGUGUAUUUAUUAUUUUGAUAUUUAAAACACUGGAAUGUAUUCCUCGGUAUUUUUCAGUUCUCAGGAAUUUAACUUUCUAAUGUUCAGCAGCUCUGAGACCGAAGCCAAAGAGACGUCCAGCCGUCACCGCUGUGUGUGUGUGUGUGUGUGUGUGCGGGAGGAAAAAGUGCCUGAAAGGACAGGAACAUCAUACAUGUAAUAUUAAUGUUGACAUGUCAGAGUCCUGCUGCUGUUCACAGGGUUAAAUGUUGUUGUUGUUGUCGGGGAAAAUAAUCACAAAAUGUACUUUGAGUGUUACCAUAUCCGUCCGAACAGAUCUGUAACAUGUAUGUUUUUAAUGGGUGAAUAUUCAUUGUUUUCUUACUGUGAGACCAACGUCUCUCAAAUAUAGUUUCAGUUUGUG